AUGGCUACAUUUAUGCAGUCCGUGAAAAGUAAAGGAACAACCCUUACUUACCUCGUGUACCUCAUAGGCAUCCUCACCGCGAUGAGACCGCUUGCUGUCAAUGUGACUUAUUGGUUACAAAAGCACUUGACUUCGACUAUACACAUUCAGUCCUCAAACGAAACUUAUGAUAUGUUGGCAUCCUGGAUCGCAUCUCGGGGACUCGAAAAUGCCGCUAGAUCACUACUUGCAAAGGUGAAUACUACGCGCGGUGUCGUUGAAGAUAGAUGUAGGGCAGUCAAAAGACCUCUGAAAUACUUGCCUUUUAAUGCAGGUUUCUGGUUCUGGUAUAAUAAACAACCGAUCCUCUGUAGGAUUAUUCAGGAGGGUUAUGGUUACUACAAUGAGAAGAUUUCGGUCACCUGCCUAGGCAGAUCCUCAAUUAUUCUGAAAGACCUCUUGAAAGAGUGUCAGGAUGAAUACCUAAGUCAAAUUGAAAACAGAACAACCAUAUUUGGCCACUGUGGCGUUCAGUGGAAGAAAGAGAAGGCAAAGGAAAUCAGACCACUGUCAACUGUUAUUCUGAGGGAGAGUGAGAAAAAUCCGCUUAUCAAAGACAUGAAAGACUUCCUUGAACCACAGACGAGAAGUUGGUAUUCUGAGCGCUCUAUCCCAUAUCGACGUGGAUACCUCUUGCACGGUCCACCUGGGACAGGCAAGUCUAGCUUUAGCUUCUCAGUUGCCGGGGAGCUGGGUAUGGACAUUUAUGUCGUUAGCAUCCCCAGUGUGGACGACGAAUCGCUAAAAACUCUCUUUGAAGAGCUCCCGGAUAAUUGUGUAGUUUUACUGGAAGAUAUUGAUGCCGUUGGGUCGGUCUAUUGCCGGGAUCCUGUGGCAAAAGAACCCAAUACUGGUCUUGAACCGGGGACAGAUAAGAAGGGGGUAACUCUCUCCGGGCUUUUGAACGUACUUGACGGCGUUGCUUCACAGGAAGACAGAGUUCUCAUCAUGACCACAAAUCAUAUUGAGAAAUUGGACCCAGCGCUUAUCCGACCAGGUCGAGUUGACAAGAAGGUCAAAUUUCAGCUGGCUGACAGGGAUGUCAUCAUGCAAAUAUACCGUUUUAUUUUCGGUCAGCCGACAGGGCGGAUAUCUAGGAAAAUACCUCAAGCUACGUUCGAUCCUUCGAUUGAAAGACAAGCCAUUGAGUUCGCGCGCAAGGUUCCAGAGGAGCGUAUUAGCCCGGCCCAGAUAAUAUCAUAUCUUUUGCAGCACAGACAUGUGCCAAGUGUUGCGCUAGCGAAUGUUGAGAAAUGGGUAGAAGCUAUGCGGGCAGAGUCCGAAAAGGCUAACGCUUAA